ACCUGAUCUGUUUUCCCAGCUUCAACCUAACAAUGGCUAUUCAAUCAAUUCUCAAUGCGAACCCAGUUCCCAUCUUUACUUCUUCAACCAUUUCCAGCAAAGGAGACGAGCCAUGGCUCGGAUGUUGUAUGCUUAAAAGAAAACAAAUGCACAUAAGGCUUUCGAGUGGCUACAAAGUAAGAGCAAGGUCAGCUAUAAAUGUUGCUUCUACAGCAAUCGACAUUCCUCGUCAAUGGUACAAUCUGGUUGCGGAUCUAUCCAUAAAGCCUCCACCUCCAUUGCAUCCCAAAACUUUCGAGCCGGUUAAACCAGAAGAUUUGUCUCCUUUAUUUCCUGAUGAAUUGAUUAAGCAAGAGGCUACCAAUGAAAGGUUUGUCGAUAUCCCGGAAGAAGUUAUCGAUGUUUACAGACUCUGGCGCCCGACCCCUUUAAUCAGAGCAAAGAGGUUGGAGAAGCUUUUAGAUACACCUGCAAGGAUUUAUUACAAGUACGAAGGUGUAAGCCCUGCUGGAUCACAUAAACCGAACACUGCUGUUCCACAAGUUUACUAUAACGCACAGCAGAAUGUCAAGAAUAUUGUGACCGAAACCGGUGCCGGCCAAUGGGGUAGUUCGUUGGCCUUUGCCUGCAGCUUAUUUGGUCUUGGAUGUGAAGUGUGGCAAGUUCGUGCUUCAUAUGAUCAGAAACCAUAUCGGAAAUUGAUGAUGCAAACAUGGGGUGCAAAGGUUCAUCCUUCACCAUCGAACAUUACCGAAGCAGGUCGUAAAAUACUCCGAAUGGAUCCGUCCAGCCCGGGAAGCUUAGGGAUAGCUAUUUCAGAAGCUGUAGAGAUUGCAGCUGCAAAUGAUGAUACAAAGUACUGCCUGGGGAGUGUUCUCAAUCAUGUUUUGCUACAUCAAACUGUGAUCGGGGAGGAGUGUAUUCGGCAAAUGGAAGCCAUCGGAGAAACCCCGGACUUAAUCAUCGGGUGUACUGGUGGUGGCUCGAAUUUUGCAGGACUUAGUUUCCCAUUUAUAAGAGAAAAGCUCAAGGGAAAAAUCAAUCCUGUUUUUCGAGCAGUCGAACCUGCGGCUUGUCCUUCAUUAACGAAAGGUGUCUAUGCAUACGAUUUUGGCGAUACCGCGGGGAUGACUCCAUUGAUGAAGAUGCAUACACUGGGGCAUGACUUCAUUCCAGACCCGAUUCACGCCGGUGGCUUACGUUACCAUGGUAUGGCACCUUUGAUUUCACACAUCUAUGAAUUAGGCUUCAUGGAAGCGAUUUCGAUUCCACAAACCGAGUGCUUUGAAGGUGCAAUACGAUUUGCUCGAUCAGAAGGGCUAAUUCCGGCUCCGGAACCAACUCAUGCAAUUGCAGCGACAAUCCGGGAAGCUGUUCGUUGCAGAGAGAGUGGGGAAUCGAAGGUGAUUUUGAUGGCAAUGUGCGGGCAUGGCCAUUUUGAUUUGGCAUCUUAUGAGAAGUAUUUGCAGGGGAGAAUAGUUGACUUGUCAUUUGAAGAGGAGAAAAUAAAAGAAUCAUUGGCUAAAGUUCCUCAAGUGCUGCCAUAGUUUAAACAUUCAUUUAUAUUAAAUAAAUUGAAGAUUUUAUAUUUUGAAUUUAAUAAUUGAUUU